AUGGUGCUUAUUGGCUCUCGGGAGAUCUCUGCGGUGAUUAAAGGCUACGUUCGCGACAUUGAGAAGAAGAAUGGUCAAAUGUCACACGCCGUGGGCACCCGUCCUCUAUAUAUUGUGAUUGACGCACUGGAUGAGCUAAAAAAAUCAGAGUGGGAGCCAUUUCUCCAAGGAAUCCGACGAGCAAUCAGACCAGAAUUACAGAAUGUCAAGGUGUUCUUUACAAGCCGGACGGAGCCGGAAUUGGAGAGUAUCCUCUUAUCCUGGGAUAUCAUGCACCUCGACCUUGAUGAUUCUACUGAAAAUCAAGAGGAUCGUGCUCUGUUUCUUCGUGAUGUUGUCCACGAAUACGCAUUGGAAAAUUCUUUUGAAAAGAAUAUAACAGAGACUAUUUCGAAGGAGAUUAUGGUUCGUGCUGAAGGGUCUUUCUUGUGGGCUUCUCUCGCCUGGGCUCAUUUCAAAGAUGGCGUUGGUUCUUGGACGAAGGAUCUCCUUCAUCAGAGGCUGCAUAAGCUACAGCACCUACCACCCGGAAUGGACAGCCUUUAUCACCGCUUGCUCUGCUCCGUCGACCAAAGGCUACAUAUAGAGCUUUUCCAUGUUCUUCAGUGGAUUGUGGCGGCUCGACGUCCACUCAACGUCAGUGAAAUGUCAGUUGCACUAGCUCUGGUGGAAAAACCUCCCUGUGCAAGAGAUAUGAACAUCAAAUUAUCGCUUAGAGGAUUUCUCAGGCGUGUAUGUCCACACUUGAUUCGAGUUGACGGUCAAGGAAAUAUCACGCUCGUCCACCAUUCUUUCAAAGCCUUCCUGCUAGACGCACGCCAGGUGAACUUCAACCAAGGAAAGGAAAAUAACAAGUUCCACCUUGAUAUGAAUCAGGUGGACAUCCAGCUUGGCCGAGACUGCAUGUGGAUAUGGGGUUCGAAGAUUCUUGGUUAA